AUGGUGUAUUGCAUUGCGUACGGCUGUAAUAAUAAAGAUAAGGACAGACAGCGUGGUGUGCGUUUCUAUCGAUUACCACUUAAGAACGAACCAUUGCUGAAAGAGUGGUUGUCCAAGCUUCGUCUGAAGGAUCCGCCCUUGUCACAGAACAGUCGUGUGUGUACGGAGCACUUCCACUCCGACUGCUUUGAGCGAGAUUUACAAGCAGAGCUCUUAGGAACAAAACAAAGGGUGUGCCUGAAGCCCAACGCUGUUCCAACACUCUUCUCUUUUGUAAGCAGUACAUCAACGAAGGUGACAGCUGUUACUGAUAUACUAGAACAGUCAUCAUCUAAAGCAGCUAAAGAGGAAUCUGACCAAGAAUUUGAAGGAUUGGAAGACCAGGAGAUACCAGAGUCAAACACUCUACCACUAAUGUGUGAUGCAUCAACGCAGUACGAUCUCUCACACAUUGUGAAUCCAGAAGAACAUUCAUAUUUUUUAACCUCCUCUCCCAUUCCUUCAGCUGAUAGGGCAUUUCAUUUCCCUUCAUUCUUGAUAGCGGCCGACCCAGGGAGUCCUACUGCUUCCUCGGAGGGAGAGGUAUCACGUGACAUUUAUACUGGUUCAGACUACGAUCCUUUCAAUGAUACAGCUGCUGCAGACACAUCAGUAACAUCAGUUCAGUUAGACGAAACAGAAAAAUUACCACCAGAAGCAGAACAAAAAUACAUUGUUUUCAGUAGCUGCUUCCAGACCCUUCUUCGAUUCUGUCCAACCUGCGGAGCAGUUGUUGAAAGCACAUCAGAACACUCACAAGGAAGCAUGUUGACUGUGACACUGCAGUGCUCCAAUGGUCAUUCCAUACUUGGAACUCACAGCCAUUAG